UGGGUGCUGUGCGGAGCGGCUCGCUGUCAUGUCCGGGCGCGGGAAGCAGGGCGGGAAGGCGCGGGCCAAGGCCAAGUCGCGCUCGUCGCGGGCCGGGCUGCAGUUCCCCGUGGGCCGCGUGCACCGGCUGCUGCGCAAGGGCAACUACGCGGAGCGGGUGGGCGCCGGCGCCCCGGUGUACCUGGCGGCCGUGCUGGAGUACCUGACGGCCGAGAUCCUGGAGCUGGCGGGCAACGCGGCCCGCGACAACAAGAAGACGCGCAUCAUCCCCCGCCACCUGCAGCUGGCCAUCCGCAACGACGAGGAGCUCAACAAGCUGCUGGGCAAGGUCACCAUCGCGCAGGGCGGGGUGCUGCCCAACAUCCAGGCCGUGCUGCUGCCCAAGAAGACCGACAGCCACAAGGCCAAGGCCAAGUGAAUGCAACAGGAAGGCUGCACGUUGUCACACCUCGAGAUGAUAAUUAAAAGGCUCUUUUCAGAGCCACCCACAAUAUCAUAGAAGAGCUCAGGAAUCCAUAAUACACUUAUGCAGUUGCAUGAACUACUCAAGCCAUGCUGUGUUGUUUUUUUUUCAUAUGUUUAUUAUCGGUAUUUUUGUUUGGGCCAUAGUAGCAACGCUUUCCAUGUUUUUGUUAACAAAGUCGUGCCAUAAUGAAACAAGCUCCUCCAG